CUGAGCGGAAGCCCGUGUGGGUCUGAGAAGGUGAGCUGCCACUUCUCACAGCUGGGGACGCCGGGCACUGGGAAGCCCUAAGGAAGCCUGGAAGGAGAGGGUGAGGGGCUUCCUCUCUCCCAGAGCACCCAGCACCCGGAGGCUGGGGCGUGGUCGACUCCAGGCGGGCCGAGAGCUCAACGCCCGGUCUUCAGAGUGGAAUUGGGCUGAUUACUGAAGCUUAUUUUCUCAAUCCACGGAAAUUUUUACAUUUUGACCUUUUUCUUACAAUGGCUUCCUUUCACAAAUUACUGACUGGCACUUACAUUCAUAGAAACUUCCUGAAGCCAAGGGCUGCCUUGCAUCCGUUUAUAGGUGUUCACUUUGUACACUGUUCUUCCAGUCCUCUUCAGAAACAAGUGGCUCCUGCUGACAGAGUCUCCCAGCAAAAGAAAACUGAAGAGGGUUUACAAGAGGGUCACGACAAAGAGGUUGCCUUGGAUAUAACGUCUCCUGACAAGAAACCCGAAGUUAGUUUUGAUAAAGCAAUUAUAGAUGAAGCAAUAGAACAUUUAAAGCUUUUGAAGGAUGAAAUUAAGGCUCACUGGAUAGGUCCAGGAGGCCGCCCAAUACAAGAGGUCAUAAUGGAGCAAGCCAGGGUUGUCUGGCAGUUUCGUGGAAAAGAAGAUUUGGAGAAGUGGAUAGUGACUUCUGAUAAGACAAUUGGAGGCAAAAGUGAAAUAUUCUUGAAAAUGGCCAAGAACAACCAAAGUGCCCUGCUCUAUGGGACGCUGAGCUCUGAGGCACCUCAAGAUGGAAAAAGUACCCAAAGUGGGUACUGUGCAAUAGUAUCCAGGAUUCCAAGGGGGGCUUUUGUGAGGAAGCUGUCUUAUGAUUGGUCCCAGUUCAACACUCUGUAUCUCCGAGUCCGUGGGGAUGGCCGGCCUUGGAUGGUGAAUAUCAGGCAAGACACAGAAUUUAUCCAGAGAAAAAAUCAGAUGUACAGUUACUUCAUGUUCACCCGUGGGGGGCCCUACUGGCAGGAAGUCAAGAUUCCUUUCUCCAAAUUUUUUUUCUCAAAUCAAGGAAGGAUACGAGAUGGCCAGAGCCCACUUGUAGUUGACAAGAUCUCUUCUAUAGGACUCACCCUGGCAGAUAAGGUGGAUGGACCAUUCUUCCUGGAAAUAGAUUUUAUUGGUGUGUUUACUGAUCCAGCCCAUACAGAAGAACUUGCUUAUGAGAGUUCUCCAGCUGUUAACCCCGAACUUUUCAGAUAGAGAACUGGGGCAGAUUUGAGUAACACUGAGUACUAGUCACAAAUACAAAAUAAAGCCUUUCUGUCUACCA